AUGCCUACUACAACGGCGUCGGCCGUAACCACCAUCAGGUACGUCUGUCAGCUGCAGCGGCUGACAAUCAAGUUCUGCAAGAACAGCCAGUCCUCGCGGGGCGUCCGCGACUACGUGGAGAACGGCCUGCUGGACUUCUCGCGGCAGAAUCCGGGCGUCGCCCUGUACAUCAAGCCUCGCCACCACCGGUCGCCGGUGAUCACCGCCGACUACCUGAACGGCCAGACGCAGUGGAUGAGCAUUCGCAACUUCUCCUCCACGGAGAUUCAGUGGUGGCUGGAGACGCUGAGAACGAGGUCCGGUUAUGAGCUAUCACAGCUGAUCACCAACAACAACGUUCUCACGCCCAGCGUCCAGGGCGUGUGGACGCCCUUCCUCAAUCGUCCCACGAACCUGCUCGGCAAGCGUUUCCCUGACGAGGAGCGAAGCGCCCACAAACCAGGGCAGCCCUCGGCCAGUCAGCAACUGAUUGAUCUGAUGGAGAAGUAUAAGCUCUCAGCAAAGGAGGCGGAGGAGAACACGAACAUUACUACUGAAGAAGACAAGUCGUAA